CGAGAAGAAAACAGCGGUUGUUUGUUAUUGCUGCCAGCUGAGAGGCUAUGGGGGAACAGAGAGAGGUGUUGGACAGACAAACUGUCCUGAAUGAAGCUCAUAAAGAGUUUAAUAGCAAACAUUUUAAACGCGCUGAGGAUUUAUACACAGAGUUCAUCAAGCUCUGCAUGGCAUCUGGACAAUACAACGCUAAAGACUUGGCCACAGCCUACAAUAACCGCGGACAGGUGAAGUACUUCCGGGUCGAUUUUUAUGACGCCAUGGAUGAUUACAGCGCCGCUAUUAAAGCCAGCAGGCAGUUUGAAGUGCCUUAUUACAACCGAGGACUGGUGCGGUAUCGACUGGGUUUCUUUCAAGAUGCCGAGAGCGAUUUUAAGAAAGUGCUGGAAAUCAGCCCCGGCUUUGAAGAUGCCAGACUGUGUUUGCGUCGGACGAUUCUCGACCAUGAAGAAAAAAUAAGCAGAGGAUAUUGAUGAUGGAUUUUCAUCGCCACAUUUAUGACUGAUUUAAUUUAAUUCCUAACUGAUUGAUUAUUAAGCGUGUUGUGAAUUGCUUGUAUUUGCUUCAAAGUAGGAUUUUUUUUUUUUUUUUUAAUUUCCUGCUUUUUGUAAUUUCUGGAUCUGGAUGUAAAUUUGUAAAAGGUUUAGUUUUAUAAAAAUCGCUGAGCUCAUCUUAUUUCCUCAAAUAAAAUGUACGAUAUGAAAUAUAUUGUAAAUUAUAAGAGAAAAUAAAGCGGCUAGAGAUAA